AUGCCUCAAUCUCUCCCCAACGACCUCUACGGAGUGACUGCCGUUCGUGAAUACAAUCUCAAUUUCCCCGUGACUCCUGCAGCGGUUACACUCCCGGAGACGAGCGAGCAGGUCGCUGCAAUUGUCAAGUGCGCUGCGGAAUAUGAGUAUAAAGCGCAAGCGAAGAGCGGGGGGGGCAUAGUUUUGGGAAUCAUGUCACUAGGAGACAUCGAUACACUACUCUACAACGCAGGAGGGCGAGCAAUGUCACAUGGCAUAUGUCCCGAGAUCCGCGCUGGCGGACAUCUCACCAUCGGCGGAUUAGGACUCACAUCACGACAAUGGGGCAUGGCACUGGACCAUAUCGAAGAAGUCGAGGUGGUGCUCCCAGAUUCGAGCAUCGUGAGGGCUUCUGAAACCGAGAAUGCGGAUCUGCUAUUUGCCGUGAAAGGUAUUCGUUUAAGCUGGGUAGUGCAAAGCAGAGGGCGAGGUUUGUUCCGGGAUUGGCAGGAUUUUGCACUGAGUGAGAAUCUCAGCCGGAAGUUCACGUCGGAUUUUAUAUGCCUGCAGGAUAGCGUGAUACUCAAGGGCGUUUUAAUCGGCUUUAAUGAGGAAUAUAACUCUCUCGGGCUCAAGCACCGCUUCUCCGGAUCAGACUCAAGCAAAGUCCUCGUCCUAGAGGACUGGCUAGGAACAGUGACGUAUGUGAUUGACGAUCUCGCCGUCCGGCUUGGAGGAUCCAUGUCAACAUAUUUCUACGCAAAAUCCUUGGGCUUCACACAGGACACACCCAUGCCAUCAUCAACAAUAACCAACCUCUUCACCUACCUCGACAAGACACCCAAGGGAACACUAACCUGGUUCGUGACAUUCAGCCUCGUCGGCGGCGCUAUAAACGACUACCCGAAGAACGCCACGGCCUACCCGCACCGAGGCGUGAUGUACUGGAUGCAGUCGUUUGCGGCUAACGUUCUUGGUCCCGUGCUAGAUAAAAGUUAUGACUUUUUAGAUGGGAUCAAUGGCCUUAUCACGCGGGAUGUACCGGGGAGUGCUGGACAUGCGUAUUUGGGGUGCCCGGAUCCGAGGAUGGAGAGUGCUGAGAGGGCUUAUUGGGGGGUUAAUUUGGGGAGGUUGGAGGAGAUGAAGGGGGUUUUUGAUCCGGGAGAUGUUUUUUGGAAUCCGCAGGGUGUGGGUGUGCCUGUUGCGUAG